AUGAGAAAGGGCUUUUACUUCUUAAUUCUUCUGAGGCCCUGCAGAUACGAGAGGGACUCGGGGGAAAGGAAAGUCACUGAGACGGGGAGGGCGAGGCUGCAAACGGACUGGCCCUGCCCGGCUGCAAGAAUCCAAGGGAAGGUCCUGAACCUGCGCCGCCCUCUUCAGCUUCCAGAGACCCUUCCUGAAGGAGGCGCGGGUAGCAGCGGCGCCCGUCUCAGGGGGAAGAGGAGAGCCGCGCUGAGGGGAGGAAGAGCGGCGAGGGCGGCAGCGCCGACUGGAGGCCUCGGGACGGGCGGGGAGGACGCGGAGGACGCAGGCUGGAGCGUGGGAAACCUUCGGGAGUUCCUGCGUCCUCGGAGAGGCGCGGCGCGCUCCGGCCGGGUCUCGGAGGUGCGGGGACGGCAGCCUCCGCCCCCUCAGGUCUGGAAUCCCGCGGGACGGGGACGCGGCGGCGGCGGCGCGGGCUCGGCAGAGGCGCCAGGGGGCGCUAGUCGCUCCUUGCCGCCCAUCCGGGCCGCGGCGGUUCCACCAGGUCCCGCGUCCGGCGCCCCGCGCCUCGCAGUUCUGGCCAGGCGCUCGGAGACGGUGCGGCGGAGACGACCCGUUCUUCCACUGCCCCCUCGGCCCGCGGGAAGUGGCGCCCGCCAUCCGGUGCUGCUCCUCCGCGCCCUGCACCCCCAGCCGCAACGUCUCUGGGGCCAGACCGCCAGGCGCCCCCGUCCCUGGUACCCGCGCCGGGCCCCAUGGCUCCUCCGCGACUCCCGCCAGGAAUUCAGCUUCUGGGAAGGGUUUGGCCGCUUCUCAGACUGGAGAAGGCAGGCCCGAGCAGAGGCCCGAGUGAUUUCCAGAAGCCUGGUGACUGGGCGUCGAUGUUCGCCCUGGACUCGGUGACCCAAUAAUCCCAGAGCGGGAGGAGGGGCGAGGCUAGCGGCGGGGCGAGGAACCUGCAGGCACCGAGAAAAGAUACGCAGCCCCAAGCCAGCCUUUUAAAAGGACACUGGCUGUGGGAGUGCUACCCCGCUGAACCUCGACUUUCCCGGGGCGCGCAGCUCAGAGCUGAGCCCCUGGGGACUCCCGGGAUCUGCGUCUCCCUGGGUCCUGAGGCAGGAGAGGAGGAGGCUGCAGGGGGGACUGAGCCUCCUCCCCCCAGCCGAACCCUCGCACCCUGGGAGCCUGAGCCGGACUGAGUCUCCUCCCCCAAGCCACAUCCUGGCACCCUGGGAGCCUGGAACUUGCAUCUGAGGCCGGAGGGACUCUUGACUCUUUUCCAGUGAGCUGGGGGGAAAGUCACUGUCCUGAGGAGAUCAGCCUUCAAGGGCGACGUGAGCGCGUUUGGCGCAGGAACUGGCCGGCCCUCCCUGUUGUGCUGUCCCCUGAAACUGAUGGCCCCCCUUUCAUUCCCCCAGCUCAGAAGAGGCUUGACCCUACUGGAAGCUUGAGGGCGCAGGCUGGGAGGAAAGAGAGGAACAGAAAUCCAGGCGGUGGAGCAGCUGGAAAGCCGGAGAAUUCGGUGGAAGGGUGUUGCUGGCUGUUCUUUCCCCGCCCGCAUUCCUGAGGCUGGGGCUGCAGCCCCCUCAAAACCUGCCCUGCAGGUCCAAGUAGUACCCAGCGGACAAACAGUAGAAUUUGGGCAGGACCCCGGAGAGGCUUGCUGAGUGGGAUAGAGCCCACAAGAAUCAUCCUAGGCUGCACCGCCCCCAGUCCCUCAAGACAGAGAGACACCCAAACAACCCCUGUGUGCAGACCCGCAGCUUUCUGUGACUCCACCGUGGAGUCCAGAAGGCAGCUGAGGGUGGGAGCGGAGGGGACGGGAGGGGGACCGCCGGCGCCUGGGCGAGAGAGGCGCGUCAAUGGGCCGCAGGGGCCGGAUCGGUGGCCUAAUGGAUUCAGGCCUGCAAGGCAGAGGCGCACCCGGCGGCCUGCCCGCGCUCUCAAUAGCGGACAAUGGAGUCCCGGGGUGACCUGAACAAAGAAUUUGGAAGUAGUUAAACUGCAGAACACGUUCUGGGCCUGGGUGCCUCCUUUCAAAAGGAGCGCUGGGAGAAGAAAAGAAAUCGCUGGGGGGCGAAGGGGGUGAGAAACUGCCUAGGGGAAAAGUUGGUGGGUCGCCCUAGUUGCCGCCAGCUACCAGACGCCAGGAAUUCAAUAGGAAAUGGGGGAGGGGUGGCCCAAGUCUCCCAGACCGCAAGGAGAGUCAGAGAAAGUUCUCCAGGGAUGGCUGGGGUUCUGGAGCAGGACUGAGCUUUCUCCCAUCAACACACAUGGUCAAGGGAGCAACCCCCCCCCCCCCACCAACAGACACACAGUCAAGGCCAGGAGAAGCUUCCCUCGGACUUUGGGGCUAGAACAGGGACCAGUGAGUGGAAAGGGUGUCUGGGCCCCUGUGUCUAGACCUCCAUGGACCGCUUCCCUCCUUCCCUCCUCUAACAGGACUCUAUGGACAGGUCUCCCUCUUUGAGCCCUUUCACAGAGCUUGUUUUUGUUUUUCCUUCUCCAUCCAGUUCAGAAGGACUGGGUUCUCUCCCUCCUUCCCUUCUUCACUCCCCACCCCACGCAGCCAGCAAUCUAGAUUCUUCUAUGAGAAUAUGUAUUUUUUAAAGUCAGGCCUCUGGGUGUAAAAUAGAGGGCCAAUUAUUAUUUUAUUUCUUUUUUCUGAAUUUUCUAAUUUUUUUUCACAAUCAGCACAGCCAACAACAUAGGAAAAGAAGACAUUUGAAAAGCAAUCAGUUAUACUGGUAUCAAACUAACUUAGAAGAGGAGGAACUUGAAAGACUGUGGAAACCAAAAGUGUAAAUAAAAUGACGGAAUAAAUGGUUAGGAGACAAGUCAGAAAAGAAAGGAGCGGUGGCUGCCACGUUCCUGGGAGGCAGUGCCUCUGGAAUCCGAGAGAACGCUCCCUGGCCAGGAGGCUUUCUCCUGUGGGAGGCGCUUGGCUUGCAAGGGGUUAACAGUAUUGCUCAUGAACUUGGCCUGUCUGUCUGGCUCGUGAUGAAUGGUGAGACUCGCUGACAAGUUCAGCCUAGGGACCUCCCCGCUGUGGAAGUGGAAGAAGCACACACAAGCGAAGGGGACCCGGGGGGAGCCACCAGGGCGCGUAGUUCGGAGUGCCAGGCACACUUUCUGCCUGCUCUCUUGGCUCCUGUCUCCCUUCGGCCGAUCACCUGCUCUCCUGAAGCUUUCCAACGUCAUCCUGGAGCCCCAGAGUUUCCUGAGGCCUCCGCGUUGUGCGUCCCAGGACCCCUUGCCCGCCCCUGCGGGAAACGCGGAGCUGUAGGCAGCAGGACGUCCGGAGCCGGCCCAGGGGAGGCCAGAUUCAGCAUUUGGACAGCGGCUCCGGGGCGCCGUCGGCCCAGCGAGUUUGCAGAUUGUCCUGUGAAGUGAAGUAUGAUCGGACAGCCUCUUUUCAGCUUUUAUGAAAUGGAGACAGAGGAAUGUGGCUCUCGCCAAGGACAGAGCCAAGCCAGCCCAGGACAUGCAAGAGCCCCAGAAGGAAAAAAGCCCAGCAGGAAGGGAGGGCAAGUAACCUCUGUCCUGAGGUUGUCACAGCCAGGGGCCAGGAGGAGGAGGACCCCGUAAUCCUGCCCAUCUGGGACUUGGCAGGGGACCUGGGAAAAUGUACCCCAACCCAUCCCUCUAGGGCCUUUACCUUUGGCCCAUUGGCCUAGCAUCUUCUUUCCAUGUCUGUUGUUGUCACCCGUAGCCAGGUCUGUUUGGGUCUGAGGUGCAUGGAACAUUCUGGGUAGGCCUCCAGCAAACGGAAACUCUUCACCACGUUUCCAGCUGAGGACGAAGGGUAGCACACUGGCAAUGUUGCCACAGCAAGGGACUCCAGCCUUCGAGGAGUUAAUGGCUCCCUCUCCCCAGCCGGUCCUCCCCUUGGUGCUCCUCUUCUUCCCUCCUCCUGCUCACAGCAGGCAGGGCCUGGACCCAGGAGCCAUGCUGCUGUGCUGUUGCCAGGGGAGCUGGGAGGCAGAUCUGAGCUAUGCAGGGAAAAGGCCCGGCCUGUCAAAGUGUCUGAGAUGAACCGCCGCCGUCCCCAAGCAGCUGGGCUCAGACGUGUCUCAGCUCUUGUUCUGGGCCUGAGAAUGGUGAAACCCAGUGAGAUUCAAGGGCAGACUCACUAUUCAUUAGUCAGGGGUUCUUGACGUCCCGUCUCUCCCAGGGAUGGGCUCCACCCCUCCUGUGACACAUUGCUGAGUGCCUUUGGUGAGGAUCACACACCCUCCUCCUGCCUAGCCCCCUCUCCAAAGACCCCUGGAUAAAUUCACCCCAAGGAAACCAGGCAGGGCAGAGACAAUGGCUGCAGGAAAUCAGGCGGGACCCCAGCCAUGCCCCCUGCCCUCCACCCAGCCCCCCUGUGGGCCCCACUCCCUUUUGACUCGGGGCACCCUUGGACCGCCAGUUGAUACAGGCCUGGACAGGGAGAGACCACUGGGAACCACCCUGAGGACAGCGUGCUGGUCCAGUGCCAGUCUAGGUUGGCUCCAUGGUUGCCUCUGUGGCCCGUACUGACCGGCUGGCCAGUGUGGCUUCUGCAGCAUCAUAUGCCUGUUUGAAGACUCAAGCACUGUCGGUUGUCGGUUGGGGAGUGUAAAUUGUACACUAUUUUUUCAAAUGCGGCAAUAUCAAUAUGUAUAUGUAAAAGGCACAUGUACUUGGUCA